AUGGCCUCCAAAUCGUCCGCCCUCGGACUGUAUGUUGAUGCAGAGGGUAAUUUCACGACGAUCAGCGAUAUUCCCAUGCCGGAGCUUGAGGAUGACGAGAUUCUCGUCAAGGUUCUGUAUUCUGGCGUCAAUCCUGCAGACUGCAAGCACUCCACGGUGAUUGGCAUCAAAUCGACCAUCAUGGGAUACGACUUUUGUGGCGAAGUGGUCAAAGUGGCUGGUCCAAAAACACAAGGCUUCUCACCUGGAGAUAUUGUCGGGGGUUUCACGCUCGCCACUCUUGGCAAACCACUGAAGUAUGGUGCACACCAAGAGUACCUUGCAACUCCUGUGGAACUGGCAUUCCAUGUUCCCGCCAACCUUCCGCACACCGAUGCUGCGGCUCUCACGACCGUGGUAACCACCGCUGCUGACGGCCUUUAUAACCAAUUUGGUCUUCCGCUUAUUGGUGAAUCACCAUCGACACAAAGUGAGGUCAAGAUGGGACCUCUUCUUAUCUGGGGUGGCUCGACAGGUGUAGGUCUUUCCAUGCUACAGCUUGCUCGUGCCAGUGGAAUAUCUCCCAUCUUCGUCACUGCGUCUCCAAAGCGACAUGCACUUCUGCAAAAAUAUGGGGCCACUGCUUGUUUCGAUUAUGCAGCACCAGAUGUAAUGUCGCAAAUCCAGAGCGCAGUCGACAAAGCCGGAAUGGGGCCGAUUGCUUACGCUGCGGAUUGCGCAGGAGCAAUGGGUUCGGCUAUGCAGAUGAAGGCUUGCGUAGGGGACGACGCAUUGCUGCUUUCUGUGAUGCCGAUGCAAGACAGCUGCUUCAAGUUUCCACUGGCCUUAAAGAGCCGCACGCUUACGUUCCAAUUUCCCGGAGCUCCCACUACCACUGAGAUUCCGGGGCAACCGGAAGAAUGGGCGAAAAUGCGCAAGGCUCUGGAAUGGGCGGUGAAGAAUUACGGUUCGGGGUUCAGCUUGCCUUUGGUGGAGGUGUUCAAAGGCAGUACGGAUGAGCUGCUACAGGCCAUCAAGUUGACGGCAGAAGCAGGGAGGUUCGGAAAGCUUGUGAUACAGCACCCACUUUUGCCUACUGCAUAA